UCCCUUUGCCAUGGAACUUGAUAUAUAUACUUCCAUUUUUACUGAUGCACUCCUCUUCUUUUGUUUCGCGAGGGGCGUACAUGUGCAUCCAAGUGAGUCGGUUUUUAAGAGGCGGGGAGGGAGAGGCGCGUUAAACUGGAAUCAUUCGUCUCGGCUAGCGAGCGGAAAAGCUCCGAUUUUUCUCUCGCUUCUUCUUCUUCUCUUGUCGAAGUUUUUUCGUAGAUGGCUGAGGGAUCGCCCUUUCUUCGCAACAGCUAUUGGGUUCUGAGGCACGGGAAGAGUAUUCCCAACGAGAAAGGCCUUGUUGUUUCUUCCAUGGAAAAUGGCACACUUGAAGAGUAUGGAUUAGCUUCCGAGGGUAUUGAUCAAGCGCGACUGGCUGGAGAAUUACUUCUGAAGGAACUCGAGGAAAAGAACAUCCUGCUAGAAACCGUUCGAAUUUGCUGUUCUCCAUUUUCAAGAACAACUCAGACUGCCAAAGAAGUCGCUAAUGUGCUAGGCAUCUCAUUUGAAAGUGCUCAAUGUAAAGUGAUGCUAGAGCUUCGGGAACGAUUUUUUGGAGCACUGUUUGAGCUUUUUUCACAUGAUAAGUAUUCAGAGAUAUGGGCAAUUGAUGAAAAGGAUCCCUUUGUGCCACCUGAAGGUGGAGAAAGUGUUGCAGACGUUGCUUCUCGACUUGCAACUGCUGUUGCAGCAAUAGAGGCAGAGUUUCAAGGAUGUACAAUUCUUGUUGUCAGCCAUGGUGAUCCACUUCAAAUAUUGCAAACAGUUCUCCAUGCAGUGAAGGAACAUGCAUCAUCCAGUGCGGAGGGCAUUUUGUCAAGAAUUAAAGGAGUUAUGGUGCAUUCAAUCCUAUCCCAACACCGAAAGUUCGCCUUGAAUACUGGAGAGCUGCGCCGUGUCAUAUGACUUUGAUUCUUAAAUAUGGAGAAGUGCAUUUCUUAGUAAAAUAAUUUUAAUCCAUGGCAUCGUUUGACUACCUUCAUACCAACUAUAAAGUUGGUUGGAGCAUCUUGCAUCUUUAAAGAGGCUUCAAAAGCAUAUAUUUUAUUAGGUUACUCAUCAAGGUCUUCUUUUCCUCACCAGUUGGAUAAUAUUGAGGGCCAAUAAUAAUACUGCUACUUUUAAUACUGAUACUUUCUCACAUUGCUCAACGGUGGUCUCUGGGAAUUGGCAAUACUGCUUUGGAUACCUUGUGAAGUAUCGGUUGCAUUUCCAAGAUAGCAGUCUGAUUGGGUUGGAAUGUUAAAUAUUUUAUUAUUUUUUAUAAUGUUGUGCUUUGUCAAGGUGAUCAAUGGAGGCUCCAUGAAGAGCCAUUUUGCUACUUGUAUUGCCUCAGUCACUUAAUAUAUGUUGUUGAGAUGUACCAAA